AUGUCAAGCGAGGGAGCUCAAGGUGGGGAGGAGAAUCGCCGGCGAAUUAAAUUGGAAACUCGCCAUGGAGGCUCACGAGAAUCUCGGAGUAGACGGGACCGACCAUGUGAUAUAUGCAGGACAAGAAAGUCGGCGUGCGUGAUUGCUGUGAAACCGCCUUGUAGAUUCUGUGAGAUACGAGGUUUGGAGUGUACGUUCACUUCUGGUCCUCGUCCUAGACAUAGAAGGAACACGGAGUCCAAUGCAGCUGGGUCUGUGAAUGGUGAUGCCGGAAAGGAUAUCUCUAGCCCUGCAACCAGUAGCAACUCCGUUAGAGGAGGCGCGUAUUCAGCCAGUUCUACAUCUACUAUAGAUUACGCUUCGCCUCAAGCCCCGAGGUUUCCCGUACCAGACUACGCUGCUUCGGCUUCUUCUGCGAUAUCUUCACUCUCUCCGGCAUCUGAUACUUCGUACCAGCCGCCGACGAGGCAGUAUCUUUCCCUACAGGAGUUGACCUCAAAUCCUGAAGAUGGCCAGUCUCUCCGGCCAGUGCCUAUCCACAGACGUCCGACUAUAGAGAGUCGGACGAAAGAAUUUUCAGUUCAGGAAAAUGAACGAGCUCGAGACUCUCUUGAAUAUGGCAAUAAUACCACUGCCCACUUUAUCGGAGUCUCUGGGGAGCAAGAUACUGAUCUACUGGCUUCCAUUCGUUACAAUGUAAUAAAUGAGACGAACUAUAUCGACUUCAAUAUCCGGCAGGUCUGUCCCGGGAAUCCUAUAACGGGUGCUCCUCCUAUCCAUUUCACAAUAGUCAAUGACUACUUCCCCAAGAGGGAUGAAGUAGCGAAGCAAGCAGCUUCAGAUGCCAUUGAGGCUCAUGCUGCCGGCCAUGGAAGUGCUCUGAUCCGACUCUACUUUCGUUUUGUACAUCCCAUCUUACCAAUCUUAUCAAAAGCCGGCUUCCUCAUGGCAUAUACUACCGACAGGCUUAGUCUACCAGCAUCAUUACGAGGUGCUGUCUAUGGAUUGGCGUGUGCAUUUUGGACCGAGGAGCCUUCUUUGAAACCAUACCCUCCUAUUUCUCAACCCGAGUUCUUCGAGCAUGCUCAUGCUGCGCUCUAUCGGGAAAUGGACUCUCCAAAAUUGGCAACUUUGCAGGCUUGUCUCUUGGUGCUUCAUGAACAGCCCGGUAUAAGCGGUACCACUGAGAGUCCUAGGAUUUGGGCACUUGCAUGUCAGGCCACAGCUUGUGCUCAGAGUCUAGGGUUACACCAAGACCCAACCGAGUGGAAACUUCCUUUAUGGGAGAAGAGACUUAGGAAAAGAUUAUGGUGGAUAGCUUACAUCAACGAUGUGUGGACCUCUUUAUGCCAUGGGAACACUCCUCAUAUCCAGGAAGGAGCUUUCGAUACUACAGAGUUGACCAUGGAAGACCUAGCGUCUGAUGAACACAUCACCGGUCUUCCUGGUGCCCAUCUGCUCGAAGAAAUUGAUCAAACUUUUCAAAAGUUCAAUGCUAAUCGCUUCUUGGAAAUGAUGAAAUUAACUAGGAUACUAUCAGGCGUGCUCAAAGAUUGUUGUACGCUGAAAGCCUAUAGCGAGACCAUUCGAAAAGUUAGAAACGAGGAACGUCGAGCUAUUAUUAUGGCGUACAAUGAUCGAUUAGAUCAUGCAUCAUUAAUGCUGCCUGACGGGUUGAACAUCAGAUCUUCUAUGGCGGGCAUAAGAACGAAUGGGUACUUCCAUAUUGGAUGCUUCGCCCUCAAGUCUAUCAUUGUGCGUCAACUCAUGUCACCGGCAACUCCAGAGUCAAAGUCAAAUUCAGAUUCAAAUCUCUCCAAACAUUUCGAUUUGGCUCUCUCGGUGGGUGAGGAGUUUGUGCAGUUUGCUGCUAAACUCUUCUCCAUGGACAUGAAAACAUUCUGGACACGCCAUUCGAGAAAUAACCUUAUAAUAUGCUCAAAUCACCUUAUUUAUCUCUUCUUCUGUGCAUCAACCCAAGAGCACGUGGCAAAUGCCUACUCAAUGCUGCAAAGGUAUCAAGAGAUACUAGGGGCAGCGGCAAAUCAUGCUGAUUGGAGUAAUAUUGGACUCAUUCGACCUUCAAUUCUGAGGGCUGAUUCAUUCUUUCAUGGCGCGGCUGAUAGUAUAAGGUCAGGCGCUCGCAGCUAA